CAUGGCUGGGAGUCAGGGCUUGCUACUGUGGGGUGGCAUCUGCUUCAUUUAUUUCUUGAAGAUUCAAAUUUCAUCAGGUCAAGAUAUUGAUGAAUGUGGAGGGCCCAUACCAGUCAGGUGUGGUCCAAAUGCAAAGUGUGUUAACACCCCGGGAAGUUUCCACUGUACCUGUAUUGAUGGAUAUAUACUUCCUUCUGGGAAGAUUUUCCAAAAUCCCAGUCUGAAUGAUUGUGCAGAUGUGGAUGAAUGUCAGCACAGUAGCUCUCUCUGUGCCCCCCAUGGGGUCUGCCUAAAUACUCCUGGAAGCUAUACAUGCACAUGCAGGCCAGGAUUUGCCAAACAUAAUGGGGAUCACUUAAUGGAAUGUGUAGAUAAAAAUGAAUGUCAGGACACAUCUCUCUGUGAGCCAAAUGGAGUCUGUGAGAAUACUGUUGGAAGCUAUGUGUGCAAAUGCAAACCAGGCUUUGUCCAAAGCCUCAAGAACCGGGCUGAGUGUGUAGAUGUUGAUGAAUGUGGAAGACUCAGACGAGUCACAUGUGGCCCAAAUGCAAAGUGUGUUAAUACAGUAGAAACAGAAGUUUCUACUGUAUCUGUAUUGAUGGAUACAUACUUCCUUCUGGGAAGAAGGAGUUCCAAAAUCUCACUCUGAACAAUUGUUCAGAUAUUUCCUGGUGUUCUAAACUUGACAACGAUACAUUUUCAGGAAAUUGUCCCAUACAACCAGGUGCUACCAACUUUCUAGAUGGCCACAGAGAGAUUUGCACUAGUUUACAGAAUUUAUCCUCUGCAUGUCGAAAUGGCACGGCUCCACUUACUUUAGAGGAUAUUGCCAAUCAUUUUGACAAUUUUCCGGCUCAGAUAAAUAGAAACAAAGAAGAAAUAGCUCAGGUAGUGACCUUCUAUCUUGAGACUGUACAGAAAGUUGCAUAUGAGUUUGCGCUCAGUCUCCCUUCUGGAAAUCAAUCCUCAGUAAAGAAGAAAUUAAUGGCUAUUACAACAUUGACCAUUGAGGGUUACUGCGACAAAAACAACUUAACAUUCAAAUUGAAGGCUGGAAAUGAAGUGAUGAAUCUUAAUUGCACCCUAAUUGCUGAAAAAGACUCAAAAGGUGCAGUUGUUUUUAUUUCUUAUGUUUCCAUUGGAUCCAUAAUAAAUGAGACAUUUAUCUCCAAGGAAAACCUUACCAUCGAUGAAAAACUAGAAAACAUUUAUCUGAACUCCAAGGUAGUGAGUGGGACAAUUGGAUAUAGUAAUGAUAGUUUCCUGUCCACACCUGUCAUCUUCACUUUUCAACACAUUCAUAUGAAGAGUGUGAAAGAAAAGCCUCUUUGUGUUUACUGGGACAAUACAGUCUGGUCCAACAAAGGCUGUAAAACCAUCUCUUUCAAUGACAGUCACACUGUGUGCAGCUGCAGCCACUUCUCCAGUUUUGCAGUACUCAUGGCAUCCGUGGAAUUGAAAGAAGAUUUCGUGCUGACUAUCAUCACCUAUGUGGGGCUGGGCCUCUCCCUGCUCUGUCUCUUUCUGGCUGCCCUCACCUUCCUCCUGUGUCGAGCCAUCCGGGGCACUGGCACCUUGCUCCACCUCCAGCUCUCCUUGUGCCUCUUCCUGGCCAACCUCCUCUUCCUCACCGGAAUUGAACGAACAGAACCUAAGAUCAUGUGUUCCAUCAUUGCUGGGGGAUUGCACUACUUAUACCUGGCUGCUUUCACUUGGAUGUUCCUGGAAGGGCUGCACCUUUUCCUCACUGUCAGGAACCUCAGGGUUGCCAAUUACACCAGUGCCAGCCGGUUCAAAAAAAGAUUCAUGUACCCUUUUGGCUAUGGAAUUCCAGCUGUGAUUGUGGCUGUGUCAGCAGGAAUUGUCCCCCAGGGAUAUGGGACAAAUCACUAUUGUUGGUUAAAUCUACACAUGGGAUUUGUCUGGAGUUUUAUGGGACCAGUAUUUUUCAUCAUCUUGAUCAACUUAUCUUUUUAUUUGACAACCCUAUGGAUUUUGAGAGAUAGACUUUCAGCACUCAACAAAGAAGUAUCCACCAUACAAAACAACAGGACCCUGACAAUUAAAGCCCUAGCUCAGCUCUUCAUCCUGGGCUGCUCCUGGAGUCUUGGCUUCUUUCUGAUUGACUCUAUAGCUGAACCAAUCCGAUUAAUCAUUGCCUAUGCCUUCACCAUCAUCAAUUCCUUGCAGGGAGUCUACAUCUUCCUGGUACACUGUGUCUUCAAUCGCCAGGUUCAAGAAGAAUAUAAGAAAUGCUUUAAAAGAAGUAAGAAAAGGACUGAAACAGAUACCUAUGUGCUGUCUUCUUCAACCAGCCACACCAGAACACUGGAAAGAUAAGUGAAGUUUAAAAGGAAAAAAAGAUGUCACCUCUGCCAGAAAAAAAAUCUCACUGGUCACUCCAUCAGCAGACUCCAGCUUUGGGGGGAUAAGAAGAAACAGAAUGGACUCAUAUAUAAAUUGCCUCAUUCAUUUUUCUCCUUCUCCUUCCCUGUAUAAAUAAUUCUAACCCUCCUCACAUUCUCCUUUUCUGAUUUUAUUAGUUCUUACUUUCAAUUGGUAUUGCAAUAUUAUCUACUUUUUUUUAUCACAAAUGUACAGCAUUUUAGCUAUUUUAUGGUUUGAACAGGAUUCUCUGGGCUAGCCUUGGAAUAUGACUACCAAUGAUUAAACAGUAUUCACAUUUCUACUGUCAAACAAUGAAUUCACAAAUAAAGUUUGUUAAUGUAAUACAUUGUUAAUCAGUUUUUAUAAUUACUUUGUAAGGUUAUAAACUACAAGCAACAUCAAAAUCAUUACUACUACUAAGGUAUUUCUCAGUAUUGUAUUUAUCAAUCUGUAUGUCAUUUUGGGUUAGUUACAUAUGUGAAAAUGUAUAAAGCUAAGUUUUUGCUGUGUUAAUCUCAUUGAUAUGGCAUACAAGAGGGUACCAUCUUCUUUGCAUUGUAGUGAACCUAAAAGGAUUCAAUGAAGAAACAUUAAAGACUUGAUGCCAAAGAGAGAAACUUUUAAAAAUUACAAUUCCCAUUUGUGUUUGCAGUUGUAAAAUUAAGUAUGGUUCUAAAUCUUCAGUAUCAAUAUCCUUGUCAUCCACAAGAUUGUGACAUCACCAAUAAAAGAGGACAACACAAUAUAAGCACUCUUGAAUGAGACCC